CACGUGACCGCUCUGCGCGUCGUGGCCACGCGCACUCAAGUACUUCAUAUUGACGCAUCUAGUAUUAUAGGCCGACUACGCAAGAUCGCGGCAAUCGAAGGAUAUGAAGAAUGGGGAGAACGACAUACCAUAUGCGAACUACUGUGGCUACGAGCGAUGGCGACCACAGCAAGGACGACAUCGGCAGUGACUCGAGCGACAGCGAAAACGACGACGACUUUACUUAGUGAAAAAUGGAUGUGCGAGACGACGCUCGAGCUACAUCCAAGCAGCCGUGAUACGAUGGACUGCGAUGACCUACGAGGAAAGUCAGUGGGCCGUUGGAGGGAAGCUAUGCGAAGCAAUCCGACGAAGCUACUAUGAAUGGGGAGAGCAGUCAGAAGGCACAAAGGUGAUAUUGUUCUUGUCGUUCAGUACAGAGACUAUGCCUGAGGAGAUCGUAUAUAGACGAGCGAUGGCGACAAUGACGACGGCGGCAACAACAGGAGCACAGGAGACGAUGUCGAUGGCGCUGGAUGCGAAGCAGUGGCCAUGCAAUGCGAGAAUGGCCAUACGGUGGAUACGAGGCACGGUGGACAUGAACGAUGAGCUUGAUGGCUCAAGGUUUCGUGUUCGUUUCGGUAUAUUCUACUUACUUCUUCGUUAUUCUAGGGCAGACAGAUAUCUACGACGAAGUGCGAUCGCAGCGCGGGAAUCCAUGACAGACUACGAACGAAAGACGUGCGAACAUACUGCGGAACGAGUACCAAGACUCCCGUUGGAACCGCGACUGCGACCGUCGAGGAUACGAGAGCACGCGCAACAUGCGAGAGACAUUGGGAUCAUGCGGAGCGAGCUCAAUAGGAGAACAGUUAUCUACGACAAGACGCGACUGGUGUUCCAGCGAUUGCUAUACGAGAGACCACAGCAACCUACGAGAAGAGACAAUGGAGAGUCGGUGCGAAGAUAUGUGACACGAUACAACGGUGCUACUACGAAUGGGGCGAGCAAGCUGGACAAAGCGAAAAGGCGCCCGACACGCUGGGUUCUGACAUCGACGGAUGGCGUUUCGAGGCGAGAAAAGUCCCUCAACAGGGAGAUAGCCGAAGGAUCUUGAUUGCUGCACUCGAUGGCUCAAGAUUUUGCCUUUAUUUCGUAUUAUUUUGCUCACAGCUACGUUAUUCUAGAGUACGCGAUAACUACGGACAAGGAGGGUCACAUUUCGAAGUACGAAGGAAGUGUGAACGACUAUGUGAAGCAACAAGGGCUCGAAUUAUCACCGAAC